AUGGCUACCCCCAGUGUCCUCACUUUUGAUGCUGAGGGCCGUGCCGUUGACUUUGAGGUCUGGGUCGAUCACCUCCAGCUGUUUCUUCAGUGCGAUAGGGCGGACAACCUCUCCCUGUUUGACCUCACUUCUGGUGCCUCUCCUACCCCUGCUGCUGAUGCUGGCUCCACUGUUCGCUCACAGUGGGCCACGCGCAAUACUGCUGCUCGCCUUGCUGUGCGCCGCCACUUACCCACCACUGAGCGUGCACACUUUAGCCUGUACAAGAGUGCUCAGACCUUGUACGACGCUGUAGUUGCACGCUACUCUUCCCCUGCCACUGCUGCACUGAGCCGCCUCAUGCUACCGUACCUCUUCCUUGACCUUGCUGCCUUUCCCACAGUCGCUGACCUCAUUACACACCUGCGCACUAGUGACAGUCGCUACCGCGCUGCGCUUCCUGCUGAGUUCUGCGCCAAGAACCCCCCCCCACCCAUGUACAUCACCUCGGCGCUGCGUCUGCCCCGAGCGGGAGACGCCGCACCGGCAAGGGCAAGGGGGGCAAGGGCGCUGGAGGGGCUGGAGGGGGCGGUGGAGGUGGUGGUGGAGGCAGUGGAGGGAGUGGGGGCGGUGGUGGGAGUGGUGUCGGGGGUGGCGGCGGCGGCGGCAGCAGUGGAGGAGGCGGAGGCGGUGGAGGUGGCGGAGGGAGCGAAGGUGGCGGAGGUGGCGGAGGAGGCGGAGGUGGAGGAGGCGGCGGGGUCGGCGGCGGCGGCGGCUAAGGUGGAGCGGGUCGCGACUGUGCGCAGAGGACUGGCUCAGGUGGUGGUCCGCGCCAGCAGCAGCGGAGUGGUGUGA